UUUCUUUGUGGCCCUGACGUGUGGUAAUAUGGGAAAAUCAAUGCCUCGCUCCUGCUGUGGAGGGAAUACACUUGUCCAAACACACAGUCAUGCGCACGCACACAUUAGAUACAGUCGGGCCCCACAAAAGAGGGCCACCUCGCAUUCUCCCUUGCUGCGUUCGUGUGGCUUGUUUACAUGCUUGUAAGGUAAUUGUACACUGUCGUCCCUUUUAGACAGAGUGGCGGGCAAACAACUUCACUCGUCCUGAAUCGAUUCUAACAGAGUGAUCAGACCUGUGCCGGGCUAAUGAGGAGAGAGAAUUGAUGACGGCGAGUAAAUAUGCUAUAACAAUUCCCAUCUCUUUUGGUUUCUUUAAGUGUUCUCUCCUCCCCUCCGCUUUCACCCUCAUUCUCCGUGUUCAGUGUAAGUGUACGACCGGAGGAUAGAAACUGCCUCUAAUGGCACUCAAAUGAGCCUCGCCAUCCAGCGCCCCGAGGCCCCUGGCAACGCGGCAUCCAGCUGGCGGAAUAAUGGAGGAAGUGCAGCGUUCACCGGUCUGGAGUCAGCGUGUUCGAGUGGAACCCGAGGUCACCGCGUAUCCAAAUGGAUCUGUCAAUCUGCGCUGUGAGUUCACCGACAGCGGAAACACCAAACUCACACAGGUUUCGUGGAUGUUUGAGCGUGUGGAGGGAGAUAGGCACAACAUUGCUGUGUUCCACCCCCAAUAUGGAGCCAGUUUCCCUAAUAAAGACUUUGAUGGCCGAGUAUCGUUCACAAAGGGCUCUCUGGAGAACCCCUCUAUUAGGAUCGACAAAUUGAGGAUGGCUGAUGCUGGCAGGUACAUCUGUGAGUACGCCACUUACCCCAGCGGAAACGAGCAGGGGACUACCACUCUUAUCAUGCUGGCCAAACCCAGAAACACAGCUAUUGCCAUCCCGGUGCGAGCCAGCUCUUCUGAGGUGGUUGUGGCAAGUUGCGAAGCAGCCCAAGGAAAACCAGAGGCAACAAUCUCCUGGAUUACAAACAUUGCCGGCCGCUAUAACCACACCUCAGUGCCCGAGAGGGACGGGACGGUCACCGUGAAGAGCGAGUAUAGGAUGAUCCCGACACCUGCGGAAAACGGAAAAGAAAUCACCUGCGUGGUGAAUCAGAGGACGCAGGUCGAACCCAGACCCUUCCCGCUGAAGCUGGUGGUGGAGUAUCCACCCACUGUGACAAUAGAAGGAUAUGACAAUAACUGGUAUAUGGGUCGGACUGAUGCCGUUUUGACCUGCCAAGCUGAUGCCAAUCCAGCACCUACUGAUGUUAGCUGGACAGUUGCGUCGGGUCAGUUGCCGCCUUCGGUUCAAGUGGAUCAGAACCGGCUGCUGGUGAGGAAGGUGGACGAAACGGUGAACACCACUUUCGUGUGCGAGGUGAAGAACAGCCUGGGAUCUGGCAAGAAAGAGCUGGUGGCAAUGGUCAUCGAAUCGACUGAAGACCCGUCCAGCGCUGGCGUGGUGGCCGGAGCCAUUCUGGGAAGCUUCUUGGCCCUCAUUUUGGUCAGCGCGUUGGUUACCGUGUUAGUGAUGCGAAGUCGUCGCCAUCAGCAUAGAUAUUCGGGCGACGGUGAGCAGGGUGCUUACGGCAACAAAACCCGUCUUUUUGGAGGCAAGAAGGCUAGCAAGAACGGCGCAGGGGCCAACAAUAACGGGCCAAUCUACACAUACCGCGAAAGCGAGCCAGGCACCCUGACGGAGAAAUGCAACGAGUUUCCGCGCAUUACCGGAAGCACGCCAAGCGCCCAUGACAUCCUGCUGAGCGGCGAGAUGAAUGAGGCCGAGCGCAGGAAGUUCGAUGCCCUGAACGACAGCCUGGAGGAUGAAGAAGAGGAUGAAAGGUACGACCGCUUCAGCGGACUGCCGCCCAGCUACCAAAUCCACGGGCAUGAAGACGAGUGCACACCUUACCUGGACGACGACAUGGAGUCCCAGCGAGAUGGGUCCAUCAUUUCCCGGACUGCCAUUUAUGUCUAGAGGAAGCAGAUAAUACACCUGAAUAAUAUUUACUUGACCUUUUAGAACAAAAAGACAGAAACAGAGGAGCGGAAGCAGAAUGGUUAAUGUCACAUCUGUGGAAGAAAGCAUUAUCAAACUGAAAACACAAAUUAAUGCUGCUUGCCUCACGAUGUGUACUUUUAAUGCAUAAUACUGACUAAAAAUUAGAGUGAUUUUGUUGUUGUGUAACUGUAACUUCCUGUUAACGCCCAUUCUAGCCAGAAUCCAUCAUUCCGUGGUGCGUUCACUCCCGUGAGCACAAUACUCAAGUAGGCUCUUUGAAGUGAAAAGAAAGCCUUGUGAUUACCCAUACAGGAUUGUCAAUGCUACGUCGCACGAGUGUCUCAGCAAGCUGUGAUCUAGGAGCUAAGGCCGUUGUCUCCAGGUUGCAUAUUCCAGGCUUCUUUUAUUAAAUCCCGGGAAUGUUGUCUUCGAGAACAGCUGGAUGUUUUUGUUAGCGAAACAGAAAACAGGCAACGCAACGCUUGCUCCAGCAUCUGGGUCAUUAAUCUGUGACGCCGAUCAAUUCCAGCUGUGAACGCUUUUAACUUUCCCCCACCAUUUUUUAGCUCUCGUUCAUUAAUCGGAUGUCUUGUUACGCUAAAGGAAUUUUCUGAAUGACUUGAGGGGUUCUAGGCAGAGGCGUAAUAGUGUUUUUGUUUUUUUCCCUCUCCAUACUCUCCUGUCAACCUCUGCUGAACGGUUUGUUCUGGGCCAUGUUUAAUUCAGAAGAGUGUUGUGCAUUAGCCGCGUGCGUUUUGGGCUGAUGCGAGUUUUUUCCAACCCCUGAUUAAUCCAGUUAUAUCAAAACCAUUGAAUGCAACAUUUAAAAACUGCAAAUGCAAGCAUGACUAGCAUCAGCACGAAUCCUUUCAGGAGGAAAUAGGCUUGGAGUCUAUACUGUGGUGUCUUUUAACUUCACUAAAACAGAUUAAGUAGAUUAAUGCACAUCGUAUAUUGGCGGCAAAGGCUGGGACUGCAACUGACGUGCCUUUGAGUGUAGGAUUAAAUGGACGGUCGGAGCGCUUGACGGACUGGGGAGAGUUAAGCCAGACGGCAUAUGCUGCCCGGUUCAACAGAGUCCACAGUGUUGAAACGAUGCCAGCUGUGGAAAAAGGUCAAGGGGCGACGUUCUCUCACCGUAUGCUCGGCAGCGAGAUUAGGCCACUCGCUUUACCAAGUCCCUCUAGCAGUUUGUUUUGAAGCCUCAUGCACAAGCCGACUUUUUUUGGACUACAAAAAAGACAUUUUGGAUAACUAUGUGUGUGUAACAAUGUGUGUCCAGAUGAGGAUUCAUUAGUCUCUGGGUUGUCGGCGAGUGCGUGCUUUGCAUAAUAUCGUGCCGCUUGUAUGGAUGCUUCGGCAGUGCUUUGAAUUGCUUGAGCUGUGACUCAUUCAUCCUUGGUUUCACAGCAUCGAGCCUUCGGUGGAGGGAGGUUAGAGUGAUAAUGACAAAGGAGCAACACACUCAGCGAUGCGACGCUACCCAGACAGAACUCCAUAUCCAGCAAAGCAGAUAUAGCAUGAGUAAUUUGGAGAUUAUACUAUCUGGACCCAGUGACUGUAAAGGCAGUAGUUACUCUAGCCUAACUGUGUUCACCCACGCUGCAGACUUGCAAGGCUUUAUCCCCCUCCCUAAAGCGCUUCAAGUUGCAUCACUGCACUGAAAAAUAAGGAUGGGAAAGCUACUUUUCUGAGAGCUGCUUAGGCCUUGAAAUAUUCAAGCUGAUAACGACGACAAAAUGAAGGAAACGGGGAGCUUAUGAAUAAUGUGUUGUUUGCAAUAGCAAAGGUAUUAACUUCACCUGUUUAGUCUGAAUUUGGAGUCAAUGUCACGCAGAAUCAUGUGUUCAGAGAGGCCUGUGAUGUAUUGUGAGAUACUGAACGCUUGACAUGAAAAAUACUGAAAGAGCAAUGUUGCCAAAUCAAGUUUUCACAACUCUUAGUGUUUGUGUUUUAAUAGAAUCUUUUGUUGAACUUUUCUGAAUGUUUUUAUAGAAUAUUAGUAUUAAGGGUUAUAUAGUGAUGUCAUGUUCUCAUUUGCACAAUCCCAAGGCUACAUAAAGAUUAAUUAUUGAAAUAAUUGGGCAAAAGAAUAUGUCUGGGUCACAUUAUACUGCAGAAUUUAAGGAAAUAAUUAAGCAACUUAAUUAUUUUGCAUAAAAAGUAAAGCCUUAUUUUAAGAUCUUAAGUUUUAUUGUGAAUUAUGCGGAUUUAAAUUUACUAAUACAAAAAAAAAAAAAAAAAUCAAUUUAAAAUAGAGAAAAUACAUAUACAUUACUUUAAAAAUUACUUUUAAAAGUACAUUAGAGUGAUGACGGUUUAGGGAAGCAUCUGUUUAAUUGUCAAGAAAAUAAAGCCAUAUUUCAAAAAGGGCCCCAUUUACUUUAUACAAUGUAAUUUUGCAGAUUAAGAUUUUUGGAGUAAAAUAUGACCUGGACUUCACCUGGUAACCAAGUAAUAUUUGGAGAUGAAAGUUAAUAAAAGAUAGAAGGGAAGUGGGCAAACUUACAAAAUCAGCAGAGGAUCAAAUAAAUAUUUUCCCCACUGUAUCCACAUGUUCUCAAUAUUAUGAAACAUAAAAGUAUGUUUUGAUAGGUUGAUGUAAGUGCCUUCUGGGAUGUGUUUUUAGGGUUGGAAGCUCGCCACAAUUCAUGCAAUGUUGAAAUCCUAUAUAUUGUAAAUUAAUGCCAGACUUAAAGACUGCAAUCAAUCAACAAUAUUAAAAAAAAAAAGAAAACAAGACCAACUGAGCAAAGGCAAAUUGUCCUCAUGUGAUGUUUCUAAAUUGCUCCGCAUUAUGGUGCAAAUCAUUAUUAGCUCAUCAGCUGUGGAUGUCAUUCUGAGCUGAUCUGAACUGGUUAUUCUUUCACUCUGAAUGUUGUGUUGUGUUGUGUUGUCAGGUUGUGAAACUGUAUGAAAAACAGAUUGCUUCUGCCUGGCCUCAAACUGUUUCUUUUGUAUAAAAACUGCGAAAGGUUCAUAUCACAUCACGUAACUGCUGUACAACAACACAUCUUUGUCAAAGCUUGUGAGAACAAACUAUACUCUCUUCUUUCUGUUUAGUUUGUUAUAUACUAUGGAUGGAAACCAGUGCUGUCCUGUGAGGUGUUGAUGGUGUGUAUCUUGACGUGACGUGUCCUGUGUGUGAGAUAUAUAUAUAUAUAUAUAUAUACUGUAUAUGUAUGUAUUUAUCAUCAAGAUAUCCAGUGAGAGAAGUGUUAUUUAUCAGUGCUGUAAAUAACAGAUGUAGUGGUCAGUUAUGGCCAACACCAAAUAUAAAAGCAGAUGUAGUAUAAUAGGCCAGAGUAGACAAGAGAAUAACCUCAGCUGCCUUGAGUCUGUGAUUUAGACGGACGGGAAUCCUGUGCGUUCAGCAGAUGUAGCUUCCUGGACGCACACUAGCUAGUAACUGGCACACGGCUGUGAUGAAAGUACAGUACAGAUUGGCGUUCGCACACUAACUUUUUGCACUGACAACUUUUUGCUCUCUCAGUCCACACACCCACCCCUCAACAUGACAAGACAUGAACACUAAAUCAACACACACACACACACACACACACACACACACACACACACA